AUGCAACAUUAUUGGAACCGAGUGGACUUCCUGAAGAGAGUGCACAGAGAAAACAUCAUGCUGUACAAUCUUAUUAUAACUACGCCAUCACGUCUGCCAACGACAGUGGAACUGAACAGAGAUUGGGUUCGUAACAAGCGCAAAAUCGUGAUGCAAGCAAACAACAAGUUUGUGCUGUUCUCACCUGUUCCAUACGAGGAGAUGGAGGACCAGGCCUUUAAAGCUGCUGCGGAUGUGAAGAGACCGAGGGUAUACAUAAAGCUAGGCAUGCGCGACGGCGCGGCGAUAGGCGAGCUGUGCAUAGAACUGUUCACUGAAGUGUGUCCCGACACCUGCAACCUGUUCCUGGACCUGCUGGACGGAGACACCCUCGGACAUGGAUACGUUCAUACGUGCUUUUUUAGGAAGGUACCUCACCUGUACUGGAGCGGUGGCGACGUGAUCUACAACAACGGUUACGGGUGCUACGCCCAGCGCGGCCGGGUGAUGCCCAUCGGAGCUGAGAACUAUCACUAUCCGCAUUCUAUGGCCGGUUUGUUGUCGAUGCGAGUGACCGUGGACGAUGAGAUGUGUGGCAUGUUCAACAUCACCUUCAAGCCGUUACCUCAACUGGAUUUGCGCAACGUCGUAUUUGGCAGAGUAAUUCGGCCAAGCAACACAUACAACAUUAUCAGGGAAAUGGGCAAUGCGCUCAGUUCCCGCCCCGUGAUCGAGAUCUGGGCGUCCCGGCGGAAGGUAGACGGACGCUGGGUGAGAGGCGCGCCUAACACUAAGCUGCCGAAAAGCCCAGUAUCGUGGAACGUUAAGUAA